CAAGUCAUGCUUCAGGUAUUGAAGUAUAUACUUAUAUAUCUUUAUAGCGGCCUUUUGUAUCUCAAUGUCUUUAUAAUUACGUGUAGUGUAGUUAAGUGUUCAGUUUGGAAAAAUACAAUCAAACAUGGCGAAUUACAACAAAAAAGAAUGGCGGGAAAAGUUUGAUAACUUUGACAGGAAUAAAGAUGGAGGAGUUUCAGCCAAUGAACUGGAGAGAUUAUUACAAUAUGUGGGGUUCAAUCCGACCCAAGAAGAUUUGGCUGAAUACAUGAAACAAUUAGACAAAAAUAAUGAUGACUGCAUAACGUUCGAUGAAUUCUUCCCGUUUUUAAAAAGUCUUAAAGAUCCAUCUGGAGAGCUAAUGGACGCAUUUAGACUUCAUGAUAAGAAUGGAGAUGGUUUUCUUGACGAAAAGGAACUAAAAGCCAUUUUUACCAGUGGAAAUUUCAACCCAAAUGAGAUUGAUGAUUUAUUCAAACUAGUAGAUUCAAACAACGACGGUAAAAUUGAGUUCAAAGAAUUUGUCGAACUUUUCACAGAAAUGAUGUGAAGCAGGCAUGACAUAGUUAACCAGAUCGCAAACAUAACUUUUCAAACACGCAAUACGUGAAUACAUUCAUCAGCCGUUCAUACGUUCACCGCCAGUUGAUAAUAAUAACUACUCACUGAUAUUCCCCAAUCCUGUCAUCACUUAAAAAAACUAAAUCUUUGUGUGUGCCUGAGCAACUUUCGAAAGUUUCUUCUGGACGUUGAGAAAUUUAUUUUGUAAAUAAAUGGAAAGCGCACGACAUUUAAGACAAUAUUUGAUAUUAUAGAAGAAAAUGAAGCUUUAUUCUUUCAUAAAUCUCACAAUACACAAUUAACAAAGCCAUUAUAGCUCAUAGUCACAUUUUGGUAUAUACCCUUAUGAAUUAAUAGUACCAUUAGUCAACAGUAAAUCUGUCAAUAAAGUAAACAAAAUAUAUGUAAAAAUAGUAAGAUGCAAGAAACAAGAUACACUACUCUUACAAGAUUUAAAUGCAUUUGAUUCGUAAUUACUUCCCUUACAUUUCAAAAUAUCUAAUACAAAAGAAUAUGUCUGAGACUCGUUCCUAAAAAAUGUGACUGUUUUAAAAAUGUUUUUGUUCAUAAUUGAAUCUUAAAUGUUUAUUAAGAUCCAUAUAAAAUAUAAACUAAGUAUAAAACAUUAUUUUGCAUCUUCUUAUUUUUGGUAUUAUUUGUAUAAACAAUGUUCCAACAUGUCAGUACCUAUUUACGUACGCACGUAAAACGGUUAACGGUGAUUAGGUCAAAAGAUAUCUGGUAAAUAAUUUUUUAGAUUUCCUUCAUGAACCUGUUCUCUGGUAAAUUUUCCUAUAAAUUUUAUUUGAAAAAUAGUACUAGCACGAUUAUAUGUGCAAUAUUACGACUAUGUGCAUUUGUAUCUUAUUAUUUGUAAUGGCAUAAUAAUAUUACAAUUGUUAAGUCUGAAUUUGAGUUUCUCUCCAGUUUUGUUAUUUACGUACUUCAUAUUUUUUUAAAUAUAUUUAAAUGAACAUUUUAUUGAAAAGGA